AUGGCGGAGCAGCCGGUAGCGAUUCUCAAAAAUUCAUGGGUUUCUGGCGGUACCGAUCUCUCGCUCGCCCGCGGGCAUCUCGGCCCUUGUAACACUAUUCUGGGCCAUGAGGGAUUUGGCCGAAUCGUGGCCGUAGGCGCUAUGUGUGAAGCCAAAGCCGCGGUGGUAGGCCAACGAGUUGGAAUCGGCUGGAUCCGCGAUGCCUGUGGCGCAUGUCCCAAUUGCAUGAGUGCGGGGGCGGGCGAAACCAGAUGCACCACCCAGGUCUUCAGUGGUCGAGAUAUGGCCGGCACGCUAGCCCGAUAUGCGGUCGUCCCGGAACGGCACCUGGUGCCUCUGCCUGAAGAGGGUACCAGCGAGCUGUUGGCCCCGAUCAUGUGCGCCGGGGUGACAGCUUACAAGGCCCUCAAGGUAGCCAACGUUACUCCUGGGUCGUGGAUCGGUGUGUCCGGGGCGGCAGGCGGCGUGGGCUCCCUGGCAGUGCAAUAUGCCAAGGCCAUGGGGUAUCGGACGGUGGCCAUUGACGGCGGGGGCCCUCAACGAAGAGCCAUCUGUCUGGUGGCGGGGGCAGAUGUCUAUCUUGACUAUGAGGAGGCCGAGCCAGAUCUCCGAACCAAUCUCCUUCGUGCUACGGGUGGUGAUCUCUGCGCUGCUGUACUUGUCUGUGCCGGAGCUGCUGCCGCGUAUGAGGAUGCCCUGCCGUGCUUAGCCUAUUUUAGGGUCCUGGUCGCCGUGGGGAUCCCCCCACCAACGUCGAAAGUCUCCUUUCACCCCCUUACUCUGAUUGACUAUGGUAUUCGAUUCGUCGGCAGCAUCACCGGGAAUCGCAUAGAUGUCCUUGAGGCGGUCCAAUUUGUCAUCCGCGGUCUGGUAAAGCCGCCAAUUGUCCUUAUUGACUUGAUCGACCUCAAUCAUUAUGCGGGGCAGAUCGAUCAGCUAGAUGGGAAAUUAGUGGUACGCUUGGGGGAUGUUUCUCAAUGA